AUGGCGGGCGACACCAUUGAUGAGCUUGAAGAGGCCCCUAGAGAGCUUGACGAAGGCGUGGAGAUGCAGCACCGGAGCUCUGAUCAGGGAAAGAAAUGGGAGGGGGACGAUGUCCAAGUGGAAGGAAAUGAGGUCCACGUUGAUAAGGAUGGCGAACAACGAAGGGUGGGAGAUGAUGAUAUACCAGAUAAUUACAUGGAAGACCUCUGUGUGAAUAUCAAGGUAGGAGAUAGAUGUCAAGUUGAACCAGGGGAUAAAAGAGGUGUUGUUAAAUUUGUUGGCCGAGCAGAAUCUUUGGCUCCUGGUUUCUGGGUUGGAGUUCAAUAUGAUGAACCAUUGGGAAAGCAUGAUGGCAUGGUGAAAGGAACUCGUUACUUCAAUUGUCCCCCUCUUCACGGCGCAGUGGUUCGACCCGACAAAAUCAAGGUCGGUGACUACCCAGAACGAGAUCCUUUCGAGGAGGAUGAAAUUUAAGCAGAUCUUGAGGAGAAUUCCUUUUAGACCAAAAAAGUGGAGAGUUCUUUACUUGCAUCCUGUUUCUCCUCGCAGACCAUUUUUGGGCAAUCAUCUCAAACUUAAUUUCGUUGUUACAUUUGUUCAGGUUGUAAUGCAAUAACAAGUGAAACCUUCCGAAAUGUUCAAGGUAGUGAAAAUUGUUAAGGUGCUUCUGGGGUUGAAGGCUUGAAGCUUUGCUACCCUUAUUGGUUUAUUACAUGCUUUGUAGUUUGUAAAGGGAAAAUGAAGUGAAUUAAGAAACAAUGUUCAAGCUGAGAUCAUACUGAAUUC